AUGUCUUUAGGCAACGAGACCGUAUUUCUGUUAAUGGUCAAUGGUCAAAUUGAAACAGCUGAGUUUCCCCAGUAUGAUGAUAUCUACUGUCGGUACCAGUACGUUUUUGGCCAGGACUGGGAUAUAGCUUCGGGUUUGGAGGAAGGUUUGUCUCAAACAGUGAAAAAAAGUCAAGAUGGAAGGCAGAUUUUUGUAAUCAAUUUCCCAUUAGAAGUCGGAUUCAAAAGCACUAAUCCGUUCGGAUGGCCUAGAAUAGUGAUACACGUCUACGGAUACGACUUGUUUGGGAAUGACGUCAUCAGGGGUUACGGCAUGACUCACAUCCCUACUGUAGCUGGGAGGCACGUUAAAACAAUUCCACUGUUUGUACCUGAAUCCUCGUCUCAAAUCCAACAGCUGAUCAGCUGGCUGACCAGCAGAAGGCCCGAACUCUCCGACCCGCGGAUACUGGCCGAAGGGGAUGGCCGAGAAGUUACAAGGAUGAAAACGCAGGGUCGUAUGACAAUGUCCUUCAACGUCAUAACGAAAAACUUAAAGUCCAUGGGAUUCAGAGUUGACUCAUCAUCAUCAUCAUCAUCCUCUUAA